CCCGCGGCACGCGGCCCGUUGUUAUGACGACACGGCCGUAAAGCCGCCAUCUUGGCGGUGCGGCUCGUUGCGACAUGGAGGCCGCGAUGGCAACGAGCGCGGGGCCGGCGGGGCUUACGGCAGCCGCGGCCGAGGAGCGCGGCGGGGCGGCGGCCGCGGGUUCCAGCCCCGCCGCGCCGCCCGCCGGCCCCGCCGCCUUCCUCAGCCUGCCGGCGCCCUUCAGCGAGGAAGAUGAGGACGAUGUGCACAAGUGUGGCCGCUGCCAGUCGGAGUUCACCUCCUUGGAAGAGUUCGUGCAACACAAAUUACAAAAGGUCUGCCAGCGUGUGCCAGAAGCUCUUGCUGCUGCAUCAGCAGGUCUCCUCACCCAAGAAGUACAAAAGCAGGUUGUUCCAUCUGUUGAGGAGUCGAUAACUGUUGCUCAUAUAGUUGUUGAGGCGUCUUCAAUAGCAGAGGAAAUUGGCAACGCAUCUGCUCUAGUGGGCAGUGGGCACAUCAAAGAAGUCAUAGUUGCAGGAGACCACGUGUUUGAAAACCCAAAUGGUCACAUCGAUGGGGAGGUUGCUGAAGAGCAAGGCAGCCCCGAUGAUCAGGAGCAGGAUAUUUCCACGGAGCUGAUUAAGGUUAAGCUGCUGGUUAACAAGGAAGGGCGAUACGUGUGCGAGUUAUGCCAGAAGACAUUUAAAACUGCCAGCAUCCUCAAAGCUCACAUGAUCACUCACAGCAGUAGAAAGGACUAUGAAUGUAAACUCUGUGGAACGUCCUUCAGGACAAAGGGGUCUCUGAUUCGACACCAUCGGCGUCACACUGAUGAAAGACCUUACAAAUGCAAGAAAUGUGGGAAAAGCUUCCGGGAAUCCGGAGCUUUGACUCGGCACCUGAAGUCUCUGACCCCUUGCACCGAAAAAAUUCGCUUCAAUGUGAACAAAGAAAUAGUGGUCAAUAAGGAUGGUCUGGCAACAGGAUCUGGUGGUUCAAACACAGAUGCCGUUUCGCCAAUAGCAGGUGAAUCCAUUGAGGCCUCACCCGUCAUUCAUCUGGUGACAGAUGCAAAAGGCAACGUCCUUCACGAAGUCCAUGUCCAAAUGCAGGAACUUCCUGUUGUAGAUGCGAAAUCCCUGGACCAAGAUCAGUCGCAUCCCGAGGAGCUGCCAUGUGAGGGGGAGGUGAACAGUGAGAACCUGCUGAGGCAGGCCAUGAGGAAUUCAGGUAUUGUGAUAGAGAGAGUUGCUCUGGAGGAGAUGCAGAAGCCUGAGGAGCCUGCUGUAGCUGCUGUAGCUGCUACAGAAGAACUAGAAAACGCAGCGGUGGAAGCAGAAGAGGAGCCGUGUGGGGAGCAGUGUGUUGAAGUGGAACAAGUGGAGUCUACAGAUGCAGAAAGAACAAAUGGGUACAAAAGUUUCAUUUGUCCUCACUGUAAUGAAGCCUUUGGUGAAGCUGCUUCCCUUGAAACUCACGUCAAAGGUCAUUUAGAUUACAAGCCUUUUAAGUGUGAGGAGUGUGGCAAAGAGUUCACAAAGGGCUAUUUACUAAAAAAGCAUCAAGAAGUGCAUGUGAAUGAGCGGCGUUUCCGCUGCGGGGAGUGUGGGAAGCUCUACAAGACCAUCGCCCACGUGAAGGGGCAUCGAAGGGUGCAUUCUGACGAGCGGCCCUAUUCCUGCCCCAAGUGUGGCAAGCGGUACAAGACAAAGAAUGCCCAGCAGGUUCAUUUCCGCACACACUUGGAGGACAAGCCCUUUGUGUGUCAGUACUGCAGCCGGGGCUUUCGGGAGAAGGGCUCCCUGGUCCGCCACAUCCGCCACCACACUGGAGAAAAGCCUUUCAAGUGCUACAAGUGCGGACGAGGGUUUGCAGAGCAUGGCACUCUCAACAGGCACUUAAAAACCAAAGGUGGCUGCCUCCUUGCUUUGAAAGAGGUGGAAGAAGUGAUAAUGUCUGAGGAAAGCCAGUCAGCUGAUAACUUAGCUGCCACAGUCAUUUCUGAAGAUCCUCACACUGUCUUGGUAGAGUUUUCUUCAGUGGUGGCAGAUACUCAGGAAUACAUCAUUGAGACUGCUACUGAAGACAUGGAGACCAGUGAAGCUACCGAAAUAAUAGAGGGAACGAGACAUGAGGUCGACAGCCACAUCAUGAAGGUUGUGCAACAAAUAGUUAAUCAGACAAACUCUGGCCACCAGAUCAUUGUACAGAACGUCACAGUGGCAGAAAACUCGGAAGUGAGCGCGGAUGCCGCAGACACCAUCACCAUCGCGACCCCCGAGAGCCUGACGGAGCAGGUGGCCAUGACGCUGGCCUCUGCCAUCGGGGAGGGAGCAGUGCUGACUGCCGAGGGCAGCAUCCAGACAGAGGAGGGGACCGUCACCAUGGUGGCAUCUGAGGACAUCGAGAUCAUGGAACACGCAGGAGAGUUUGUGAUUGCCUCCCAGGAGGGGGAGGUGGAAGUCCAGACUGUGAUCAUCUAAUGGACAGCGAGAAGAGUGACAGGGGUUAAUCUAAAACUUGCUCUUUUGGGGAAGGGGAUCAGUCCUAAGUUUGCCAUUGUAAUUGUUCAGAGAGCAAGGGACAGAAUGCUUCCAGAGGUAAGUGGCUUAACAGGAUGGUACAGCCCUGAGACUAUUUUUGUUUAAGAUGGAAAUCACAGUAAAACCCUCUGCAUGGUUAUACUGUGGAAGUGAUGGAUAGGCUGUAUUCGACAGCUUCAGUAUUUUGUACAGAUGCUUCAAAUAAGUGCUUUGCAAAGGAUCUUAGUUUUAUCUCUGACCACAGGGCAGGAAUGUUCUGGUAUUUAAAAGGACUCCCAAAGUGAAGCAAGUAAGUAGGGUCUCAUGAGAGACUACUUAAUCACAUGCUUACAUUAAAACAAGAAAACCAAACCUAAGGAGUGCAGGUGUGCAUUCACCACCACUCAAAAACUUCCAUGCCUUUGGCCUCACUACUUUAGUCCUCCUUAAGGCAUGGCACUGCAGUAUUCUUCUCUUUCUUUUACUUUAUAUCCUGGACAAGUAGCCUUAUUGUACUGGUUGAUGAAAGGAUGCAUCCUUGCACCCUUGCAAUGCCAGACAGGCUGCUCUGAGAGCCAGUCUGUUGGUGUGUAAAGCCAUAUUGUAUAUGAUUUUUUUCCUUUUUUUUUAAAACCAUAUAUGGAUUUUUAAUUGCAUAUUGUACAGAUUCAGCAUGUAAAUAAAUACAUUUUUAAAAAUAAAAUUAUUUAAAUUUCUUA